AAAUGAAGUUCGUCAUUGCAAUUUCGCUACUAUUUGGAGUACUUCUGAUUGGUUGCAAUGCAUCUGGAAGUUCUAUGACUUAUCAUGUACCUAUUGAAAACCAGCCUGAUGUUAAUAAUGGAAACCUGAGAAAUGUUUGGAUUAUGGUUAAAGUGAAGAGUGUAGCUGUAGGACCCACUGAAGAUGAUUAUGGUCCUACCAGUUAUUUUGUAGAACUUGCACAUAUACAAUACUUUUCGCAGAGUCACUUAAAAACGGGACUUAUGAUAAACGUCGAACCCAUCAUUUUUCAAAUUGGUGAUAUCGCAUACCUCAAUGUGUAUGUAAUACUUCCGGGAACGUUCCAGCCUAAUGACAAAAUCGAAAUUGAUGAAACUCGUCAAAUAAAUGCUUUAACCCGGCAUAUGAGCUUAGAUGACCCAUAUCAUGUGAAUAUUUAUGAACCCGAUUCUGCAGGUGAAUCAGACUAAGUUUCAAUCAUAGGAGUGGCAUAAUUUCGAUUUAAAUCAUUAUUUUUUGUAAAAAUUUGACAACAAUAAUGUUACGCAAUCGAAUCGCUCAUAACCCUGUCCACGAGAUCCAGUAGUUUACAAUGAAUUAGAUUUAUCCAUAUUCCGAACAAAACAAAAAUGUAACAAACAAACAAAUAAACUCAAUCAUUUUUGCCACUUGAAUUGCCAACAUUAAAUUCUGCACUUUAUACAGAACACAUUAAAUAAA